UAAAUUAUUGUUUGUGGGGCGAGCCUGGAAUUUAUUUCGGAUUUUGAGUCAAAAGUAAAAUGGCAACAGCAAGUGUUGUUCCUAGUGGUAAGUGGACGGUCAAACCAGAAGGAGAGAUACAGAUACAGGGUGGCAGCUCUGAAGAUGAUCCUGCUCCAGUUACUAUACUAGACACGCUCAAUGAUAUAGUGUCUCAGCAUGGAGCUAAACCAGCUCUGAAAGUGAAGAGAGGAGGCGAAUGGAAGACAUGGAAGUAUACUCAGUAUCAUGCUGAUGUACAGAGAGUGGCUAAGAGCUGUAUUGCUAUUGGAUUGGAGCCACAUCAUGGUGUCUCUAUUAUUGGGUUCAACUCACCUGAAUGGGCCAUGACUUUCAUGGGAACUAUAAUGGCUGGUGGUAUUGCUGCUGGUGUCUAUACUACUAACAAUAAAGAGACGUGUCAACAUAUUGCUACUAACUCUCGCUCUCAAAUCAUUGUCUGUGAGAACAAGACACAACUGAAUAAGAUACUCCAGAUAAAGGAUAAUUUGCCUCUUUUGAAGAAGAUAGUGAAGUACCUUCCGGAGACUGAGGAGCCACUGGAUACUGAAAUGAGAGAGAAAGGAGUAAUAACCUGGGAGGAAUUCAUGGAGGAAGGAAAGGAUGUGAAGGAUGAUGUGUUAAGUGAUAGAGUGUCAGCCAUUAAACCAGGACACUGUGCCACUCUCGUAUACACAUCAGGCACCACUGGACCUCCUAAAGGUGUCAUGCUCUCUCAUGAUAACAUUAUUUUUGUCAGUAAAGGCAUGAACAGAAACUUCAAUAUCACUCCA